AUCAGUCCAGAGUUCACCUGCAGUUUGCUUGGUUUCAUCCUAUCUCACUGCUCAGCUAUUCGUCUGUAGUUUCCUUUGCGGCUACGAUUGUGUUUUCUAACGAGACCCCAUCCUCGGAGGCAGGAGGAGGAAGGCUGAUUGCGGAUUGCUCAGCCCGGGGCCUGAUUGAGGUGUCAUGUGGAGUAGCCUCCUGCUAGGAAAUGACAGAAAAUCGCACAAUUCCACAGACUUUAGCUCUCACCACUUGGAUGCUCUCAACAAGAGUCUCUGGGGAGGGAUGAAAAACCCCAGCAACUGAAGAAACCAAUAAUGUCUUGACUUCAAUGGAGGGGGUCUGAUGUUAUCUUGUUCCCUGCAUCGCCUGCAGCCAAUCAAAGUUGGAGCUGAUUGGGAGGAUUGUGAAGAUUCACAUACAGCACAUGGGAAGCAGCUUUAACACGACUUCAUGAGCCGGGUCAUUUGCUGGAUGUGUUUCUAGGAGGUAAUCACUGUAAGUAGGAACAGGGAUUUAUGUAAAAUGUGUAUAUGUAUUCAACAAUUACAUUUGGUGUUUUCUAUUCAACACUCUAGAUGUUAAAUGAUUGGAAAUCUGUGUGGUGUUAUUUUCCGAGCACACUGCUGUGAAGCCACAGCAUGAGUAAGCAUUACCGCAUGUAUAAUCAGUUGCUUUAUGGCCGGCCUGAGCAUAUUGACCCAGCCAGAAGCCAACUGUGUUUUAAUAGUAGCAAUAUAACAGGAAGACACCAACAUAACUGAAGACAAGAUGGUGACAUGGAACUCUACCAGCUCAGAGGGUUUGCUGGGGAACGACAGUAACGCCGGGCUGGACAACGUGGAGCAGGUCCUAGUCCCAAUACUAGAUGCACUGAUUCUGGUGAUGGGGGUCGGGGGGCACACGAUGGUGAUGGUGAUCCUGUGUGGGAGGUGGAGAAGGGGGGUUGGACAUUCUCCUCACGGCUCUAUGACGGGCACAGGGACAGACAUCCUCCUGAUGGCUCUCAGCGCUGCAGACCUGCUUUUGCUCUCCAUGCUUCCCUUCCACACUGUUGCCAUCGCCAUGCAGCAAUGGCCGUUUGGGGACUUGAUGUGUCGUCUGGUGAGCUUCUUGGGAUCGGCCUGCUCCUCGGCCAGUGUCUUCACGCUGGCCACACUGGCUGUGUCGCGCUACCUGAAUGUGGUGCAGCCUGCGCGAGCUUACGGCCUCCUCUCCACUCGCCGGGUGUCCAUAGCUGCUGCUCUCCUCUGGGUCCCGGCCUGCUGCCUGGCCGCACCCCAACUGGUUUUUCGCUCUGUGGGAAUGCCUCGACGAGCCCCCGAUGGGCUUGCUUGUUUUGCUUUCCUGUCCCACCGAGACCAGCUGAUCUACGGAUUGAUUCAUUUUCUCAUGGCCUUCUUGCUUCCACUGAUCACCAUUGCAGUGGCCUAUGGCAGCAUCUAUGUGUUCCUGUGGGGGAGUCAGCACGCCGGCAGGGCUCCCCAAGUAGAGCGCUAUCAGAGCAAAGUGACCCAAACGUCAGCCAUGCUGGUGCUGGCUUUUACCCUGUGCUGGCUGCCAUCCUAUGGGCUGAUGCUGGCCUUGCUGGUGGAUGAAAGUUCAGGGGCCACUGGCGCCUCACCACGUUACGGCCCCUUCAGUGUGUUUGCACGCCUCAUGGCGACCUCCUCCACGGUGAUGAACCCCAUCCUCUACGUGCUCAUGUCCCAAAAGUUCAGACUAGACCUGCUGAGGCUGUUCAAGAGGGGAGGGCAAAGGGCCAGUGGGGCUGUGGCGAUGGCUGCUGCCUGAACGUAUGACUAUCAGCAGCUACUUUGCUAUAACUAAACAAGUGACAUGCAACCACUUAUCCUUAUCCUACGGGGAAUUGCAAUGAAAAAAUUACAAGCUGACUUGCUUUGCUGAAAUACUCUAUGUAUAUAUAAUAUGAACAAAAUGGACACAACCAUCACCCUCACAAGGAAAGUGUCAAGUGUCUCUUAAAAAAAUCUCCACUAUUAGCUUGGCUAUUGUAAAAGAUCAAACCGCCUGUCCCGGGAGGUGCUGCUCUACAGGGACAACAGGACAAACAAUGUUGAAUCAUGCAUCCGUUUUAAAACAGACUCAAGUAAAGGCACUUUGGUGAAACAUUAAUGGGGCACCUGUGUUUUGUUGUGUUGAAAUACGGUGAAUAAAGAUCAGUCCGUCU